AUGUUCCACACCUUCGAGGGCUUUGAGAAUCCCGGGGCCACCACGCCCGCCCGCCGGCCCAGCACGGAGCGCCGCGAGUCUGUCGGCCGCCGUGUCACCACCCUGCGCGCCUGCACCUCGUGUCGCCAUCGCAAGAUCAAGUGUGAUGGCGAGAAACCGUGUGAAGCCUGUCGCUGGUACAAGAAAUCUGAUCAGUGUCACUACUCCGAUCCGCGUCCGUCACGCAGACAUGUCGAGAAACUGUCCACCACGCUGGACGAGUACCGCAGCGUGCUAAGCAGAUUAUUCCCCAAUCUCGCGCCGGAGUCGCUGGUGAAUCUGCCGCGGGAGAAAUUGCUCGAGCUCACAUCGGCCACGCACUCCCAAGUCUCAGGGUUUAAUCUGCCGCACCCGGCCUCGCCUGCCACUUCGCCGUCGGUGGAAGCGCAUGUCUCCCCGCUGUCAAAUGAAGAUGACAACCUUGAGGCCCUGCAGACCAUGCCCGAGGAGCUGCCCGACAGCCGCCAUGCCAGUUCCGGGGAUUUGCUGGUCGAGGGUGUGUCGGACGACGUGAACGCCCUGUCCCUCUCGGCCAGGCAGCCCUCUUCUUAUUUGGGGCUUUCGUCCAUCCAGGCCGCCCUGAAAGUCAUUGUCUGGCUGGACCCCGGCGCCGUUACGUACUUUGCACGCACACCGGCAAACGGUCAGGAGUAUGCAACCACCGAGCCGUCCGGAUGGCAGCAUCAGCCGGUGACACCGCCGCAGGCGCGCAUCCCGCCCACGGAAAUGCAGAUGCUCGAUGCCUAUUUCCUCUAUUUCCAGGCAUUUGCGCCGUUGAUUGACGAGCAGUCAUUCCGUGAGACGUACCUGACCGGUCGCCGGAGGGACGACUACUGGCUUGCGCUCCUUAACAUCGUUCUCGCCCUGGGCAGCAUCGCGGCAACGGGCCACGAUGACCGAACACACCGGACGUAUUUCCUUCGCUGCAAAAGCCACUUGAGCCUAAGCUCUCUGGGCGACCAGCACUUGGAGACCAUCCAAGCACUGGGUCUCAUCGGCGGCUGGUACUGUCACUACAUCAGUCAACCCCAUUUGGCAUGGUCCCUGAUGGGAGCCGCCUUGCGGAUGGCGUCCGCUCUGGGGAUGCAUAAAGAGUUCACUGAUACUCGCCAGCAGCCUAGCCCAGCCAGGAUUGCUUCGAUGGACCUCAAGCGCCGUGUCUGGUGGUCUUUAUUCUGCAUGGACACAUGGGCAGGCAUGACCCUGGGCCGUCCCACCAUGGGCCGCUUUGGUCCUAAUAUCACUGUCCGGCCACCUCACUGUCGAGACAAGGAAAACGUCCUCGAUAUCCUCCCGCUGGUCGAGAACAUCCGAUUCGCCAAGAUCGCGACUCAAGUCCAGGACUCACUCGCAGCAGCGCCGCUGGUCAAACCCCAAGAAAUGGCCCAUGCCGAUGCCCAACUCCUCGACUGGUGGGAGAACCUCCCCUCCGUGCUGAAAGACCACGAGCCAAUCUCCGAGUCAAUCAACACCGUCCGCACCGUCAUGAGAUGGCGCUACUACAAUCAGCGCAUGCUCCUCUACCGACCAACGUUGCUCAGCUAUGCCAUGCGACGUGUACCCUACAUCGCGCUCCGCGCAGAAGAGCGCACCGCCAUCCAAAAAUGCCGCGAGGUGGCCGAGUUGUCUAUCCAGAACAUCGCCGCCACGGCUCAGCUCAAUCAACUGUGCGGCUGGAAUGCCGUCUGGUGGACUUUCCAGGCCUCCCUGGUGCCAUUGAUUGGUCUCUUCCUCAAUGAUCCCACCGCCGAUGACCCGCGGGCCUCCAUCGAGUCCUGCCAGGCGCAGGUCGAGACCGCCAUGAUGACUCUGGCACGUAUGCAAUCCUAUGGCCAUACGGCGAAGCGGUCGCUGGACUCUCUGUCGCGCAUCUACGAGGCUAGCAAGCGGGGCGACGACUUCCAUGGCUCGGACUCCGUCGCGACCUCUCUCCCUGCAGGAAACUAUCCCGCUGGCCGGGAUACGUCUAUGAUGUUUCCGAUGCAGGAUGCCGCUCGUGGCGGGUUCUCUUUCGGGGAGAAUGGGUUUAUUGAGCCAUUGGCUACCCCGUUUGGUGACGACAAUGGCGGCCAGUACUUGUUUGAAUACCUCAGCUGGGGUGACAACAGUCUCUGGCCCGGAAUUACUGAAACUGACGUCCGCGGUGACAGUAUGCCUUUGUUCACGCCGGACCACGAGAAAGGCCCCAAAUACGGCGCCCCCCAGCCGUAUUUUGGGCCAAUGACCGACUCGGGCUAUUUUGUCAAUAGUACACCCAACACCUAUCUUUGA